AUGAUCAGAACUACCUCCUCAGUAGGCCCCCGCAAGGGGAUCACUCAGAACCUGCAUCUUGCAAUCGCUUAUUCCUUCUAUGACUGCCCCCGUCCCCGGUGUGAAACAUGCCUUCCGGUUGAUAUUUAUGAUGCCCCGGGAGUCGGGUUCGAUCUAACUCCUUCAUAUGGAACUUCCGCUGUACAUUAUUAUAAUGGAACCGUCGUCGAAGUUGUCCAGAUCUAUGGCAAACAUGAGUAUCUUGAGCUUAUGAUACGCCUUGCGAAAGGAGGCAAGCCCGUAUUGAUCGAAGAUCAAGGGAUUUUCCAAAAUCUCUAUUUUAGGCUAUUUCCUCUUUUGGACUCUUUCUUAGGUGUCCCCUUUCCAGCGCGGGCUGGGUGGCGCUGGUUGAAUGAAAAGCUCAAGCGACCGGUGGAACUUGAAGUGGACGACAUAAACAUCAUCAGCGAAAUGCUCUGGAAUCUUAAGCUUGCCACAGAGAAGCAGAUACACCAAGAUCUGAAUAGAGUUGCCAUUACAACUCCCGAUAUACAAACCUUGAGUUCAGACGUAAUCAACACUGCUCUUCAAGAGCUGGAUUUACAGACAUGGACGGGCGAUUGUUCAUAUUACCCUAAACGCCUGGUAGAGGCAGAUGCUGUUUAUGCCGCUAACGGCUAUGGACUAUGCAAACGCUAUCAUGAUCUAUGGCAGUGUACAGAUGAGUUUGGAUUUGAAUGGGUCAGGGCUAGUUCUCCGAUAAUUCUUUUCGUCUCUUUUACCCGCCAUCUGUUAUACACCAGCAUUACUAUACCUGAUAGUGGUGAAGCCUUUGUACGCUUUGCAUGCGAUGAGAUAAAAGCUCUUAACUUCGAACUAGGGCUGGAUCGAAUUCUUGAAGCAGAUGAUCCGGACUUAUUAUGGGCUCGUCUCCGUGAGCAGAUCACAAGUUUUGCUUUGUCGUUUCGAAUUACGGAUUUUCUUCUAGCUGGCGAGAGCACAACAAACCCUCUUUUUAUGGCUAAUUUGAAAGACGCUUUGGCCGGGCUGUUGGAACUUCAUAUCGAACCCAAAAUAGCGGCAUCUGCCCAUGGAAAGAAGGCCAUAGAUCUGACUUUCGCAGCUGCUCGGGGCGCAGCCUUGUAUGCAAGGAGGCGACAAGAAGUACAGUGCGACUGCUCGGAACUUGAGGAAUGUGAAUCAUCACGACAGAAAGAGCGAGCAGGUGGCCAGGUGAAACUAGAUUUAUGA